UCUACGAAUAACGAAAUAAUGAUUCAAUAUGGCCGACUUUUACCGGUCGGUUUAUAUGUUUUCUUUUCUGAUUUGAAUUUCAAAGUUGUCUUAUCCAGUGAAACAGUGCUUACUAUCUAGGAUAAUUUUCGACCGUUAUUUAGUGUGCAAAUAAUUAUGGAAGCACUUAUUCCAGUUAUUAACAAGCUUCAGGACGUUUUCAACACCGUAGGAGCUGAUGCCAUCCAAUUACCUCAAAUUGUAGUACUGGGGAAUCAGAGUUCAGGUAAAAGUUCAGUAAUAGAGAGCCUCGUAGGGCGUUCCUUCUUACCUCGGGGGCCAGGCAUUGUUACACGCCGUCCACUCAUCCUGCAACUGGUGUACAGUCCAAAAGACAGCAAGGAACAUCGCUCAGCGGAAGAAGUAUAUAGAAACCAGGAAACAGGAAGUGUAUCAUGGAAUCCAUUAGUCCAACUUUUACCCAAAGGAACUGUAAAUUUGGAAGAAUGGGCCAAAUUUCUGCAUACAAAGGAAAAGAUCUAUUCGAAUUUCGACGAAAUUCGGCAAGAGAUAGAGAGAGAGACGGACCGUAUGGCCGGCAACAACAAGGGAAUAUGCCCGGAACCAAUCAACCUCAAGAUUUUUUCUACCAGGGUUGUCAACUUGACACUUGUAGACCUGCCUGGAAUCACAAAGGUGCCUAUAGGAGAUCAACCGGAAGACAUAGAGAAUCAAAUUAGGAAUCUUAUAAUCAAAUAUAUUGCUAACCCUAAUUCAAUAAUACUGGCAGUCACUGCAGCUAACACAGACAUGGCAACCAGUGAAGCCAUCAAAAUGGCCAAAGAGGUUGAUCCUGAUGGAAGGAGAACAUUGGCUGUGGUUACUAAACUUGAUCUCAUGGAUGCUGGAACUGAUGCGAUCGACAUCCUGUGUGGACGGGUGAUCCCGGUCAAACUGGGAAUCAUUGGCGUCGUGAAUCGGUCACAGCAAGACAUCAUAGAUAGAAAAUCUAUUACGGAUGCCCUCAAAGAUGAAGCUACGUAUCUCCAAAGGAAGUAUCCAACGAUAGCGUCACGUAACGGCACUCCUUACUUGGCGAAGACCCUUAACCGGCUUCUAAUGCACCAUAUACGGGACUGUCUACCGGAACUAAAGGUGCGCGUCAAUGUAAUGAUAUCACAGUUCCAAUCAUUACUCAACUCGUACGGUGAAGACGUGUCGGACAAGUCUCAGACGCUGCUACAAAUUAUCACCAAGUUCGCCAGCGCCUACUGCUCCACCAUAGAAGGCACGGCCAGGAAUAUUGAAACAACAGAGUUGUGUGGCGGCGCUAGAAUAUGCUAUAUAUUUCACGAAACCUUCGGGCGGACGCUGGACUCUAUACAUCCCUUAGUAGGUUUAACACGUAUGGAUAUUCUGACUGCAAUAAGAAACGCGACCGGCCCGAGACCUGCGCUGUUUGUGCCCGAGGUCUCAUUUGAGCUGUUGGUCAAACGGCAGAUUAGAAGGCUGGAGGACCCUUCGUUACGCUGUGUGGAGCUGGUGCACGAGGAAAUGCAGCGCAUCGUGCAGCACUGCGGCACAGAGGUGCAGCAGGAGAUGCAGCGCUUCCCGCGCCUGCACCAGCGCAUCGUGGACGUGGUCACGCUACUGCUGCGCACGCGCCUGCCCGCCACCAACUCCAUGGUUGAAAACCUAGUGGCCAUCGAGCUAGCGUACAUAAACACGAAACAUCCGGACUUCCGCAGCGAGGCCGCGUUGGUCUCCGCGCUACUGAAGAGCGACGGCCUGGUGGACGACCACACUCCAAUGUACCGCCAGAAGAACCCGCGCCCCACAUCCACUCCGGUAUCCGCCGUUCUAAGACACGUGCCGGCCAUCACGGACGGGCAGGAUAGGUCGCCGCCGCAUGCCAACCACGACUACUCUGGUACACCGCAGGUGAAUGGCAGCCCGGAAAACAAAGCAAUGACACCGCAGAAGCCCGUCAACUUGCUGCCCGAGGUGCCGAGCCAGACCUCCCGCAAGCUCUCCGACAAAGAACUACAUGACUGCGAUGUUAUUGAGCGUCUGAUAAAGUCGUACUUCUACAUAGUACGCAAGUCGAUCAAGGACACGGUCCCGAAGGCUGUGAUGCACUUCCUCGUGAACUACGUGAAGGACAACCUGCAGUCCGAGCUCGUCACACACCUCUACAAGUCGGACCAGGCCGACAACCUGCUGAACGAGUCCGAACAUAUCGCACAUCGGAGGAAGGAAGCCGCCGAUAUGCUUAAGGCUCUGCAGCGCGCCGGUCAAAUCAUAAGCGAAAUCCGCGAAACCCAUAUGUGGUGAUGGUCUAUCCAACAAGAAGACUCUAGUCUGUGAAUUAGUUAAUAGGAGCUCAGAGCUCUGUACAUACAUACUCCUGUAUCUAGGUGAAUUUACGCAUAGGCAUUUUUACUUAUUAGUUUAGUAUUCAGAUUGACCAUAUCACAGCGGCACAAAUGUCAGCAGUGAUCUAUAUUAUGUAUACUACUUACUAGACUUUGCGAAUGGAACACUCAUUCUGAUCCACUGAACUAUACUUAGGUGUAUAGAACACCUUGUUCAGUCUGGCUUUAACACUAGCAAGUUGCGAAGCGGCGCUAUUCCAACGAAAAAAUCUUGAACUAAGUACCAGAAUGUGAAUUUAAACUCCAAUAAUAAUCACGUUCAUGGAACAAUAAAUCUUAGCUGACUUAGUGAAUAAUUAGAUAACAACAUCGUAACAAAACAAAACUUCAUAUUUUCUUGAUCAAGUAUUUGCUGUGUGAGCAGGACUAAUGCUCUGUCUCGAUCACACUGCAAGAUUAAUGUUUUCUCUCUCACUCUCCUUACGAAUGUACUCGUUCUAUGUUCUAAUGAGCGAUUCUAGUGACUACAUUAUUUAUAUUUUGUUGGUCUUCAGGCAGUGUUUAUAUUAUUUACAGUAAUCAGCAAUCUUUAUGGCACUCUGAACUUUGCGGUGAGUUAAACCGACCAAUAAACAAGGUAGAACUGUCACAUAGUAAGUAAGCGCAUGUAGGAGGGUAUACGCUGUUUUACCUUAGUUCUGCGCAUCGAAAUGUGGCUAUGUUCAGAGGGCUCAUGAAGAUUGCCGAUUACUGUAUAUGGUACCGCCACCUGAUAUUACGUUGUCGCAAAUUACUAAGAAUGGGUAUCCUAUAUUUUAGGAAAAAUGCUUAAAACCGACUUUACCUAGUUUUUAGAUACUGUAGUUGUAAUCAUUUUUUGGGUUUGAGUUACAAUUUGGUGUAUUAUUAAGGAGCUGAAGAACAAAACGGUGUAGUUGCGAGGUAAUUAUACAGGAGAACCCAAAAACUGAAUGUAAACUGUGUACCUUUUUGAUGAAAAUCAAACACUUUUAGGGUAGGUACCUAGUUUAAGGCCGUUUUACUUGGGUAUGAAUUCAGAUUUAUAUGAAGUGGGCUAAAAAAUCCGUAAAAAAUCCGGAUUAAAGGAAAGUAUUUUGAUCAGAUCGUAAACUAUUACACCGUUCUAUUCGGCCAGCUCCUUGGUUCAUUUUUGUCCAUGUCAGGCAUUUUUUCGUAUGGCCGAUGGGCAUUGCCUUUUGAGCAGGGACGACAUUUUAGCCGCUGCGAUGACUGGCACGCCUGAAAGGAUCUAUAAACUUGGCAUACAUUUGCUUUGGCGCCGGUUAUAUUUUCUGCGGCUCUUUCGCACCCGCGCUCAUGACAAUCCGGCAUUGUUUUACUUCUAAGUUUUGUAUUCUGAAAUACCAAAAAUUCGAGCCGAAGCAGAGAAUAUCGAAGCAAAUGUGUGUUUACAGCCUGAAAAACGGUAGGAGUUUCCUAUAAAUCGAAUACGUGGGGAAGGAAAUUUUAAUUGUAAUCGCUAUCCAGUACGCUGUAUUUGUAUGUAUAAUGCGUAAAAAAUGAGUUCUCACGUGCCAUUUUAACUUUUUGUCUUUCAUGUCAAAAGUACGAUUUUAGUCCUUAAUUUAAAGGUGAACCGUACUUUUGACAUGAUAGUUAAAAUGGAGUUAAAAUGGCGCGUGAGAAGUCAUUUUGUACAGACUAUAUCCAUUUUAUAUUAGUGAUUAAAAUAUGAUUUUCACAAAAAAAAAUUACAAAGGUGCUGACACUUAGCUUUCUAGGAAGUGAAUGUUGUUUUGCAAAUUUUUGUAAAGGGGUUCCAGACUUGAACUGAUCUCAAACAAGCCAACAAAAAUUUAGGUACUUUUACUAAAAUUGUCUAUGACUUCACUUUAUACAGUGGUACCAAUACUUACUACUUACUACUUAUACUUACCAUACAUUACUUACACUAUACUUACUAAUACUACUACUUACUACUACUAGUAGUAAGUAAGUAGUAGUAUACUUGUAAUUAUUUUUUAUCUAUAUUUAAAGGUAUUAUGGUGUUAAUCCGGACUUUCACGUAGGUAUUCGAUUUUUAGGAUUUCUUGCGUCUCUAGGUCUACUUUGUUAGUGUUAUGAAUACUUAAUUGAGCUUCAUGCUUAAAAAUGCAGAAGUGCUUUUAUGUUUUCUAAUUAGAAUUCGUUAUAUUAUUAAUUAUUAUUAUUAUAUGCAUAAAUACGUCAAUUUAUUGGUAAUCUAAAGAAUACGAGUAUAAUAAAUGUCUAAUCCGACAAGCAACAAAAAUUAAUAUUGAUUAGUAAUUGCACAAAAAUAAUUCUGCUUGUUUUCAGUUACCAUUUCACUUUUAAUCGUGUAUUUACAAUUUUACUAGGAUAGUCAACAUUCGCGUGUAGUUUUAUUAUUAUCAGUGAUAUUAAUUGUAUUGUAAAUCCUAACCCCUGAUUUAUACCAACAAACAAGUUGUAAUUUGUUUUCGACGCAACUUGUAAUAAAUGUGAAAUGAUUAACUUAUUUGUGAAACUUGUUGUUUCUGACACAUUUCGUCUCUCUCUUGUAUUAACAGAUAGUAGAGCCAAGUUGAAAAAAAAAAAUUAGAAGUAAUUCACAAGUUUUGUACACAAACUCUACUGUUUGUUUUUGGUGUGAACAAAAAUGGCAACAAUCAUACUACAAUUAAUUAUGUAGAAUACAUGUCUUAGACUUUAGUGUAAACUCCGUGUAAAUAAUAUCCUUCUCGGUAUUAGAAAAUCUACGAAAUGUUUUCAAUAAAUUGCAAACGUAUGUUGUGUUGUGCGUAAAGAGCCUUGUACACAUUGGAUCAACACAUUCGGCGAAUGUAUACAUACAAAGCCACCUUCCGCGUGGGAGCAGCGCUGGUCGCCAAGUUUAUUCAACUAACAUCAAAAAAUCUUCGCACAUGGCAAAAGUACCCCUUUGCCGACGCUCGCAGAAUGCAUUGGGCUAAUGUGUAUGGGAACUUUAAUGCUGAUCGCACAUUACAGAAACAUCCGCACGCGGCAAAGUGCUGUGUGUUAGUGUUUAGUGAUGAAAAGUCGCCAUUUUUAUAUGAUUGAAAAACGUUAGCAAUUUUGUAAUGUGCGGUCAACUUAAACGAAUUUGAAUUAAUUAUAUUUUGUUUCUCCUAAACAGGUAAAAGGUAGUUUUAAUAUUAUAGUUUUAUAUAUUUUUAUUGAACUGGCUAUUAAGAUAGUUCUUCAUCUCUCAAUGAUUUACAUUAACUCAUAGUUCCUCGAACGUUGAUAUUUUUUCAUCAGAACGCAUGCAUUCUCGUCAUUUUGUGUCAUCGUUUAAACGUAUUUAUUAAAAAAUAAUUUUUAUUAUCGCCCAUUUAGGGAGUAGUGAGUAAUUCCAAUGUUAGAAAAUGUAUUUAUUGUUAUAUAGUCCGAUGUGUGAUGUGCUUUAUGUACCGAACGAAACCAUUUGAAUGUUAAAUAAACAAGAUUGUAUUUAAGUCUGUUGAAAAAUAUAGAAUACAUAUUGUGAUGUA